AUGGAGUGCAAUAAAGAUGAUGGCGUCAGGGCAAAAGAGAUUGCGGAGAGGAAGUUCAGUGAAAGGGAUAUAAUGGGCGCGAAGAAAUUUGCGUUGAAGGCUCAAGCCUUGUAUCCGGGGCUGGAUGGUAUCCGGCAACUUCUGGCGACACUUGAUGUAUAUAUGUGUGCCACUGCAGAGAAUAAGAUAGGUGGGGAACCUGAUUGGUAUGGCAUACUUGGUGUGGAUCCUGAGGCAGAUGAUGAGACGGUGAAGAAACGGUACAGAACACUAGCUCUUAACCUUCACCCUGAUAAAAAUAAGUCUGCAGGGGCUGGUGGAGCAUUCAACUUAGUUAAGGACGCAUGUGAUUUGUUGUCUGAUAAAAAUAAGAGAGCAGCAUAUGACAGGAGAAGGGAUGUACAUGUGCGCCAAAAUGUGGUACACCAGAAUAUUUCAACUACAAAUCAGGCUUCAAAGGAGGCCAAUGGUUCUGUACACCAGAAAGUUUCAACUGCGCAAAGUUCACAGGGGGCUAAUGGUUCCGCUCACCAGAAAUUUUCAACUGGAGCUCAAGGUUCACAUGGGGCCAAUGGUUCUGCUCACCAGAGAGUUCCAACUGGAGUUCAAGGUUCGCAUGGGGCUAAUGGUUCUGCUCACCAGAAAUUUUCAACUGGAGCUCAAGAUUCACAUGGGGCCAAUGGUACAACAACAAAGGGUAGAGAAUCCAAUGCAAAGGCUCAGACGCGCACCAAACGUCCAGCUCCCUCUUCUGCUCCUGCUUCUGUCAAACCAAUACCCAAAAGCUUUUGGUGCGAGUGUCCAAAAUGCUGGAUGCGAUUCGAGUACUUAGGAAAGUAUCUCAGGUGGAAUGGUUUUUGCCCGAAUUGUAAUAAACUAUUUCAGGCAGUAGAAAUUGUUCCACCAGCCAUGUGUGGUUCAAAGUCUACCACCCCAGUCCAUACAGGAAGGAGUACUUCAGCCUCUGAAAAUGUUGGUGCGACAGGUUUUAUCAGUCAUGUGUCAUUCACACAAAAGAGUGUUAUCUGGGCUCCAUUUUCAAGAGCUGCUAGUGCUUCUCAAGCUGCCAAAGCUGCAAAGGUAGACUUCCAUGCAUCUGGCAGAGCUGCCGGCCCUUCUAAAUCUGCCAAAGCUUCAGGUGGGGAUAAGCUAGCAUCUAAGAGAGGGAGGAAAUGCCCUUUUGAUGAGGACACACUGGCAAGAGCAAAAGAGAGUUUCACUUGGGAUCUAAAUGAUGACGAAAGAAAGAAGAGGUUCGAUGCCAGAAGAAAGGACUUUGAUGCCAAUGGAAGGAGGGAUGAUGGUAUUCUGUAG